GAGCGGAAUCCCCGCGGUCGCCGGGGCAUCGUGGCGGGAGCGGGCCGGGCGGGGGCCUCGGGGCGGCCGGCGCCGCUCACCGCGGCGGCCUUUGUCUGUAUUUCCAGCAGGAAGCCGGGCGGGAACAGCACCCACCGUGAGCACCAUGGCCGAGGAAGGCAUUACUGCUGGAGGUGUAAUGGAUGUUAACACCGCCCUGCAAGAAGUGCUUAAGACUGCACUUAUCCAUGAUGGCCUAGCUCGUGGUAUUCGUGAAGCAGCCAAAGCCUUGGACAAACGCCAAGCCCAUCUUUGUGUUCUGGCUUCAAAUUGUGAUGAACCCACAUAUGUAAAAUUAGUUGAAGCGCUUUGUGCAGAACAUCAGAUCAACUUAAUAAAGGUUGAUGACAACAAGAAACUGGGUGAAUGGGUAGGUCUCUGCAAGAUCGACAGAGAAGGAAAACCUCGCAAAGUAGUGGGCUGCAGUUGUGUGGUUGUCAAAGACUAUGGCAAGGAAUCUCAGGCCAAGGAUGUCAUCGAAGAGUACUUCAAGUGCAAGAAAUGAACCAGAAAAUAAAUUUUGAACCUGA